AUGGAGGAGGAGAGAGUUGAAACCACAGGGGAAGUUCCCCACAUUGUCAAGAAGACGUGUUUGAAGGAAUUCCCGAGACAGGUGACCUCGCAAAAAGGUGAAAAGCAACCGGAUGACGGGUUGCCACAGCAACGGGCAGCUCAGUGUCAAGAGUUCCUGAAAGCUCUGGAUUCCCAUUGUUUAGGAUGGGGAAACCCACAGCUGAUAAAACGUGGGCCCUGGGAGGACACCAAGGCCUUCCUGGCCUCCUUCGAGCAAGUGGCCGAAGCCUGCCAGUGGCCCAGGGAAGAGUGGGUGGCCCGGCUCCUGCCGGCACUCAGCGGAGAAGCCCAGCGGGCCUUCCGCAGCCUGGAGGCCAGAGACAGAGAGGAUUAUGGGAAAGUGCGGGCAGCCAUCUUGCACAGGGAAGCCAACCGCAUGGAAGCCCUGCGGCAGCACUUCCGGCAGUUCCGCUAUCGGGAGGUGGAAGACCCACGGCGGAUUUAUGGCCAGCUCCGGGAGCUUUGCCACCGGUGGCUGAGGCCGGAGAGGCACUCGAAGGAGCAGAUCUUGGAGCUGCUGAUCCUGGAGCAGUUCCUGGCCAUUUUGCCCCAGGAAAUCCAAAGCAAGGUCAGAGCCCGGGACUUAGAGACUGGCACUCCAACAGUGGCAGAAGAGUUCCUGAUGAGUCCUCAAGAGGCCAAGGCCUGGGAAUGGCAGGUUCCAUUGGAGGAGGCAGCUGUGAGGCCAGAAGCUGAGAGGGUCCUUCAGAGACCGAGCUACGUGGAGGCCAGGGAGAAAGCAGAAGGGGAUCUCUGCUUGCUGGCCAGCAGAAUAAUGUCCACAAGCCACCCUAGCUCAGUGCUGCCUCCUGAAGACCAAGACUUGGCUGAAGGUGGGCUGGGUGAGGAGACUGUGAAUUUGAAUGAGGUGACGGUGCCUUUGGAUAACGCUGACUGGGCCAUGUUGAACUCCAGUCAAGGAACCAUGCACUGGGAAGUCAUGCAGGAGAACUCGGAGGACGUCAGCAGUUUAGGAGGAUUUGUGAUUCCCAAACCAGAGGCUGUACCCCAGAUGGAACAAGGAGAAAUGGUCUUUGUCCAGGACUCUGAGGAGGGGGAAGCUUUUCCAGGAAGCCUCUCUGAUGACGAGGAUCCAAGCGAGGUCAAAGAGGAGUAUUCCCCACAAGAAAACAGCGAGCCAGAGGAAAUAUACAGCAUGUCGCUGGAGAUAUCCCAAGGAAAGGCUUCUCUGGUAGCUGAGAUCCAUGAGACAGGAUGUGACUCUGACAGGAAAAGGAAAUGGAAUGAAUCCAUGGAAGGCCCAACGGCAAUGAAGGAAGCCUCGAGGCAUGCCAGGGUGAAUAGGUUUUUGCACUCCAAGACUGGGAAAUGGUAUCGCUGUAAAUCAGGACACGUUGCCAAUCAGAUGAUCCCCACUGGAGCGUCCCUUCAUGAGUGCCUGGUCUGUGGGAAACGCUUUCAGAAAAAGAACUACCUUGCGAAACACCAGAGGAUCCACAUGAGACCUAAACUGUUUCAGUGCUCGGAGUGCGGGGAAAGCUUCAAUUGGAGAGAAGGGUUUAUACGACACAAGGGGACGCACACCGGCGAGAAGCCGCACGAAUGCACCCAGUGCGGGAAAUGCUUCAGCCAGAGGGAGAGCCUGAUUAGGCACGAGAAGAUCCAUACGGGAAAGAAGCCGUACGAAUGCCCCGAGUGCGGGAAGAACUUCUGCCGGAGGGAUUCGCUCGUACGGCACCAGAAAAUCCAUACAGGGGAGAAGCCGUACGAGUGCCCCGAGUGUGGGAAAAGCUUUAAUCAGCGAGAAGUACUGAUCCGACACCAGAGAAUCCACACGGGGGAAAAGCCAUACGAGUGCCAGCAGUGUGGGGAGAGCUUCACUCAAAGAGCUAUACUGAACAGACACGAAAAAAUCCAUCUGGAAGAGAGGGACUUUUUAAUACUCUGAGAGCAAGCCCUUCUGUCUGCUUCCCU